AUGGGGCUGUUUGAUCGCGGUGUGCAGAUGCUGCUGACCACGGUGGGGGCUUUCGCAGCCUUCAGUCUAAUGACCAUUGCUGUAGGGACGGACUAUUGGCUUUACUCCAGAGGGGUUUGCAAAAGCAAGACGGUCAGUGAAAAUGAAACCAGCAAGAAGAAUGAAGAAGUGAUGACCCACUCGGGAUUGUGGAGAACCUGCUGUCUUGAAGGAAAUUUUAAAGGUUUAUGUAAACAAAUUGACCACUUCCCAGAAGACACGGAUUAUGAAGCAGAUGCCGCUGAAUACUUCUUACGUGCUGUGCGAGCUUCCAGUAUCUUCCCCAUCCUCAGCGUCAUCCUGCUCUUUAUGGGGGGCCUCUGCAUCGCAGCAAGUGAGUUCUACAAAACCCGACACAACAUCAUUCUCAGUGCGGGCAUUUUCUUCGUCUCUGCAGGUUUGAGUAAUAUCAUUGGCAUCAUAGUGUACAUAUCUGCCAACGCUGGAGACCCAGCCAAAAGCGACUCCAAAAAGAACAGUUACUCCUACGGAUGGUCCUUUUACUUUGGAGCUCUUUCCUUUAUCAUCGCUGAGAUGGUGGGAGUGUUAGCAGUCCAUUUGUUCAUUGACAGACACAAACAGAUCCGGGCCGGGGCCAGAUCCGCAGAUUACCUGCAAUCAUCGGCAAUCACCCGUAUCCCCAGUUACCGGUACCGUUACCGGCGGCGCAGUCGGUCGAGUUCCCGGUCCACGGAACCCUCGCACUCCAGGGAUGCCUCGCCGGUCGGUCUCAAAGGUUUCAACACGCUGCCCUCCACUGAGAUCUCCAUGUACACUCUCACCAGAGAUCCCCUGAAGACCACUAGCUCCUACAACUCUGAGCGUGACCACAACUUCCUACAGGUUCACAACUGCAUUCAGAAAGAGCUGAAGGAUUCUUUACAUACGAAUACAGCCAACCGCAGAACAACUCCUGUAUAA